AUGGACACUCCUCUCGCCACCCCGUGCAACAUCCAAAUAUGUGAGGUGACGUGCGAUUCGUUCCGCAUCGUGUGGGACAUGACUCCCGAGGACACGGCCAGAGCCACACACUUCUUCAUUGACCUGAGUCGCAAGGAAUGCAGAGAUCCCAACCGCUUUAAACACAGGGAUGUACCAACCAAACUGGUGGCAAAGGCUGUGCCCCUGCCCAUGGCUGUUCGAGGACACUGGUUCCUCAGCCCCUGCACGGAGUACUGUGUGGCCGUGCAAACUGCAGUCCGACAGCUGGAUGGCGAAUACCUCGUGUCAGAGUGGAGCCAAGUGGUGGAGUUCUGCACGGGAGACUACGCCAUAGAACACCUUCAGCAGCUUCUCGACAAGGCCAAAGGCUCUGCAGGAAGGCUUCUGAAAUUUUCUACGUUUUAUCGCAAUCAGCAUCCAAAUUACUUUGAAUGCGUCAGAAAGGAGUGUGCUGGUGUGAUGCGUCCUGCCCUUAAAGACACGAGUGGGAGUCAUGGUUCGCCUAUAAAUGGCAAACUGCUGGGAGUCUUCUUUAGCUGCAACACUGAGUUCGAUACAGGACUCCCCCCAAAAGACUCUCCAUACGGACCCCUCCGCUUCCAGAUCCCGGCUGGACACCUGCUCAACCCCAACAUCUCCCUGUACUUUGCUGACUUUUAUUGCAUGUACACAGCCUACCACUAUGUGGUUCUGGUGCUGGCCCCCAUAGGCACAGAGGGAGACCACUUCUGCAGAACCCGCCUCCCCAUGUUAGACUUGGCGAACAACCCUUUCUUGACAUACACCGCUCCCCAGAGACCGGGAGAGGAGCCGCUGUACUGCCAUGCCAGCGACGUCAUCCUCGAGGUGCUUUUCACAGAGCCGGUCAGUUUGGAUCAGGGAACCGUGGAGCAAAUCAGUGGACACCACCAGCUCAUGAGUUUGACCACAGCCAAUGCCAAGAAAGACCCGAGCUGCAAAGUGUGUAACAUCAGUGUGGGCCGCUGA